AUGGCUAAAUGCAGGCUCCAGUACCCACAGCAACCACUUCACAAGUAUCAUCAGAAAGGAGACCUCAUCAUUGGUGGCAUUGCUUCUCAGAGCUUCAUCAUCUCCAAUUCAAUAGCAUUCACUGAAGAGCCUCCUCAAGCACUGCCUGAGGAGUUUGCGAUAGAAUCACCUUCUGAUACUGAAUGUAACUCUAAUUUCAGUGUAGUGCCAAAAAAUUACCAGCAAAUCCUGGCUUUGACUUUUGCUGUAAAGGAGAUAAAUGAAAACUCACAUAUCCUACCAAAUCUCACUUUGGGCUUCCAAAUCUAUGACAGUUAUUUUAAUGCAAAGAGGACCUGUCAUGCCACAAUGCUUCUGAUGUCCACCCUGGAAAAAUUUGUCCCUAACUACACAUAUGACACCCAGAAGAAUUUAAUAGCUGUCAUUGGGGGACUGGAUUCACAAACCUCCAUUCAUGUGGCAAAUGUUUUGGAUAUCUACAAGAUUCCACAGAUGGUUGCCAUAUCUAACGGAACAAGAACUCAUAACGACGACACUAAAAGGCAAAGUGUGGAUAGCAACAGCCCAGCUGAUGGUUACUUCAUUUGUUUUUCAAAGGACUUGGGAUAUGAAAAUAUUCCAAGUGCUGGAGAUGAGGUUUCUUUUGAUCAGAAAGGAGAGUUAAUAGCUGGAUUUGAUAUUAUCAAUUGGAUUGUUUUCCCAAACCAAUCUUUUCAGAGAGUAAAAGUUGGGAGGAUUGAUCCUCAAGCUUCUCCAGGCCAUGCCUUCACAAUCAACGAGGAUGCCAUAACAUGGCACAGCUGGUUUAACAAGGUCCAACCCCUAUCUUUGUGUACUGAGAGCUGCCAUCCUGGUUCUAGCAAGCAAGUGAAGGAAGGGGAGCCAUUUUGCUGCUAUGAUUGCAUCCCAUGUCCAGAAGGGAAGAUUGCAGACCAAAAUGACAUGGGUGACUGCUAUGAAUGCACAGAUGAAAAUUAUCCAAACAAGAGAAAGAAUUUAUGUAUUCCUAAGGAUGUAAGCUUCUUGUCUUUUGAAGAACCUAUGGGGAUUUUUUCAGCUGGUUUUGCUCUUUCCUUUUCUUCAAUUUCAGCUCUGGUGCUUGCAUUGUUUGUGAAGUACCACAACACUCCUAUCAUCAAAGCCAACAACCAGGAUCUCAGCUACACUCUCCUCAUCUCCCUCCUACUCUGCUUCCUUUGUGCAUUGCUAUUCAUUGGUCAUCCACAAAAGGUAACAUGUCUCCUCCGACAAAGUGCUUUUGGCAUAAUCUUCACAGUGGCUGUUUCUUGUGUGCUAGCGAAAACCAUCACUGUGGUACUGGCUUUCAUUGCUACAAAACCAGGAUCCAGGAUGAGAAAAUGGGUGGGAAGAAGACUAGCCAACUCCAUUGUGAUUUGCUGCUCCUUUAUUCAAGCAACCAUUUGUAUUAUGUGGUUGGCAUUUUCUCCCCCAUUCCCAGAUGUUGAUAAGCACUCAACUUAUGGAGAAAUUGUUCUAGAAUGCAACGAGGGUUCUGCAACUAUGUUUUACUGUGUCUUGGGCUACAUGGGUUUUCUGGCUAUGGCCAGUUUCAGUGUGGCUUUCCUUGCCAGGAAGUUGCCCAACAGUUUCAAUGAAGCCAAGUUCAUCACUUUCAGCAUGAUGGUAUUCUGCAGUAUUUGGUUCUCCUUUGUUCCAACGUACUUGAGUACAAAGGGAAAAUAUAUGGUAACUGUGGAGAUCUUCUGUAUCUUAGCUUCCAGUGCUGGAUUGCUUGGAUGCAUUUUUUCUCCCAAAUGUUACAUCAUUUUGUUGAGACCAGAGUUGAAUAACAGAGAACAGGUAAUGCUGAGAAAAUGUUGA